AAUGACGCUUCUAUAAUUUUUUGACAUUAAACAAAUCUAUACAAAAUAGUAAAUUAUUCAGUUCAUAAUGAUUUUAGAAACAAAAUCCGUUUUUUUAAAUAUUUAGAAUAAAUAAAAUAGAAUUCGCAAAAUGGGUUGUGUGUGUUGUUCUUUAAGUUCAUUUGUAUCUAUUAUCUUAGAUGCACUCGAAAGAAUAUCCCUAUGUACAGUAUGUGCAAUGUUAACGUGCUGUUUAAUGAUCACAGUCAUAACUGUAAUGGUCCUGGGUGUUGGAAUCGGAUAUCAUUAUUGUUUUGUACAAAACUCGGUAGAAUCUAUGGCAAAAGCUGCUGAAGCAGCUGGUGCACUGCGAUCAGGUCCUGCAAAAGAUAAAGGUCACGUUAUGCGUUCGGUCGAUAAGGCAGUUCAGCGCGGUUUUGCACAUCGUGUCGCGCGCAGAGAUAUCGACGAUCCUCCUCAUUCGAAUAUGAAGGAAAACACAACUUCUAAAAUUAUUACAAUAUUAACAAAAAAUAUUACUAAUUUCACUACUGUGAUUUAAAAAAUGCUCUAUGCCAUAUGUGUGUCUAAU